ACAGAACAUCAAGCACGAGUCACUACAUACACUUCUCAUCCACUUUACCAACUCACCACAACCAAAAAUGCUCUCUCUCAAACCCACCACCGCCCUCCUCACCACCCUCCUCGCAACCUCCACCCAAGCCCUCUACUUCCGCCUCAUCCCCUUCACCACAACCUCCACCUACUCUCCCACCGAGUGCCACACCGUGACCUUCACAAUCAACAACCCAGACGCAGUCUUCGAACAAGGCGGUUCCUACCCACGAACUUGUAACAUAACUUGGACCGGCUGCACCCCACCCACCUGCUGGACAUCCUGCGACGAUGACGGCUUGAGUCCAGCCUACUAUGCCCGCGUACUCCCAUCUUCCACUAGCAACAACAAAUUCUCUCCCGAAGCCUUCACGCUCGAAGUCGAAGAAUACUACGUCUAUCGGAACUCUGCAAGGAACAAUGCCACGAUCUACAUUUCUGAAGGAGAAAACGAAUACGGAUGCUCAAGAGGAGAGGGACAGAGUACGACUUGCGGAUUCGCAGAGGGAACGACUUCGGAUUUGACUGCGACGUAUUCGGUGCCGUCGAGGGAUAAUGUUUGUGCGUAUUAGAGCUCUGAUAUGGGUUGAGGAUGGGAUGUCUGGACCUAGAGCUGGCAGUGAAAGGCGCUGGUGGAAUUAGAAAGUAUGCCUGUGAGAAGUGGCAGAUGGUGCAUAGCACAGAAAAGUCAAUUCGGGCUGGAUAUCUUGUCCCAUGCUGAUUGCAUUAUCGACUGCAUGCUCACUCCUUCAUGUUGUGCUUCUGUAAAAUGUGCUCGCAUCGCAGCAAGACCGCCAUGUCGCUCGCCAUCAAAGUGUUGAUGCAGAUCUCAUUGCUCCGCGUCACUCGUGCAGUUUCCUUGCCGAUGCGUCAAGGCCACCGCCUCAGACUUACUAUCCCUUCGACCACCGAUCUCCUAGUAUCUUCCAUAAGCGAAGCGACUCAUUCCCAUUCCCAUCGAGUGCAUGCCAGGACUGCCGAUCGUCUUCUGAGACAUUGGCGA